AUGUUUCGAAGCGCACCCGGAUUGAUUGCCCGCUCCAGCGCGCUGCGCACCCUCCCGCGCGCCGCGCCGCCUGCCCGUCGAUUCAUCAGCACAGCGCCCCCGGCGCAGAAGAGCCGGAGCUGGAAGAGCUUGGUGGCGCGGCUGGGUCUUGCCGGCACCAUCGUCUACUACUACAACACCACCGAUGUAUUCGCCGAGGAGCCAAGACAACGGGCGCCCGCCCUCCCCGCCACCGAAGUAGAGUCGGAGACGCUCCCCACCAUCGAGUCGAUCGCAGCCGAGCGCGCCCAGCGCAAGGCCGUCCAGCAGCAGCUCGAGGCCCAGCGCCAGAAGGAAGCCUCGGCCGCCGAAGAGGCUGCCCGCGCACAGCCCAGCAGCGCUGAGCCGCAGGAGGGCGGCAUCGAGGGCCUGGAGGCCGAGGCCGACCAGCAGGGCGCCUUCAACCCCGAGACGGGCGAGAUCAACUGGGAUUGCCCGUGUCUGGGCGGCAUGGCGACCGGGCCGUGUGGAGACGAGUUCAAGGCGGCCUUUAGCUGCUUCGUCUACAGCAAGGAGGAGCCCAAGGGCAUGGACUGCAUCGACAAGUUCAAGGACAUGCAGAACUGCUUCCGCCAGUACCCCGAGAUCUACGGCUCAGAAAUCGACACAGACGACGACGACGACAUGACCGCCGACGCCGCCGCCGACGUCUCCACCCCCUCCGACUCGACACCGCAGCCCGCGCUGUCUGGCGAGACCAACACCGACGCCCCGGCGCCCGUCAAGAAGGAGUCGAAGAGCAAGAGCGUGGCACCGUCCGGCCCCCACUCCGCCGACAAGGUCGCCGAGAACAGGCGCGAGCUGGGCCUUGUACCGGAGAACUACCGGCCCGAGGAGAAGGAAGUCAAGAAGCAGGAGCCCGUCAGCGAGAGCGAGAGUCUGGUGCCCAAGGCCGCACACGACGGCCGGUAG